GCCCCUAAGCCGUGCCGUCGUCUUCUGAGCUCGGCGCCUGUGCCGUGCGGGUUCCAUCAGAAAGUGCUUGAGGAGGCAGCUGCUGCGCCGGGCCAGGGCGUGGAGCGGGUGGCAGCGGCCUGGGCCGUGGAGGUGCCGGAGCUCUGCUUCUUCGACAGCGCGGAGGAGGCGUGGCGUCAGGCCUUCCUCCAUUUGGCACCACGCCUCGGCCUUGUGGCGCUGCCCGCGCCUGCCUGGCCCUGGCAGGGCGCUUGCGCCGCUUCCGAAGCGGCCAUGGCGCGGUAUUUCCUGGAGGAGACGAGGCGUUGGGAUGUGAAUCUGGAGGAGCUUGAGGGCGCCUUGGGGGCUCCUUCGCAGGGUGGCGUGCUGGUGGUGAACAACCCCGGGGUCUCCGGGCACCUGCUGCCUCUCGGCACCCUGAGGAAGUUGCUGAAACUGGCGGCCAGGCACCGGCUCGCCGUCUUCACGGAGGAGGACCCGGUGUUUCUACAUGGGCCGCCGGUGAGAAGCUGCCGUGACCUGGUCAAAGAGCUAAACUUGGACGUGCCGGUGGUGUCCAUUUUCUCUGGGAAGGACCUCAGUGGUGCGGGCACGGUGCUUCAUUGCCACAACGUCGAUAGCCAAGCGCUCAAGCGGCUGCAGUCUUCCCCAGAUCGCGCACCCGACGUUGAUGGGCAGGCGCUGGCGUGCGCCCUCUUGUCCAGGGCCUUCCGCGUGGACGACGCGAGAACUGAGCUUCAGGCGCAGCUUUCCCUGCGUGCCGCGCAGGUUGUGGCACGCCUCACAGAGGCCAAGGGCAUCUCAUGUGAGCCCAUCGAUGCGGGUCUGCACGUCUUCCCCAAAGUGAUCAUCAAGGGCUACAUCAUGAAGAAGGCAAUCUCCCUGGCCACACCGGCGGAUGAUGUGUACUGCACCGAGUUGUUGGAGAGGACCGGGGUCCUGACAGCUCCGGGCUGCAGCUUCGGGCAGCGCCCUGGCAACUUCCAUCUCCGCAUCCCCUUGGAGGAGAUCAGCGUGGAAGAGCUGCACUGCAACGAGUUCUUAGAGGCCUUGCGCCUGAUCCUCUCGCCGAUGGCCGGAGCGAGCGUCGGAAGCUAUGGCAGGUCUGAGAUCAACAUGACCCAGGUGCUUCAGUACUGCAUCAAGAUGGCCGACACGGACCGGAAUGGGACUCUAGACAGCGAGGAGUUUGAGCUGUUCCUGCGGCGUCUGCGGCGCCCGAAGCGUCCCAUGGACGGAACAUGCGCGGACAAGCCCCAGGAGCUUGCGAGCUUGUACCUGGCCAUGUUCGAUGCGGAUCCGGAGCUCCGAGCUGAUCUGGGGUUGUAG